AUGGCACGUCCACCCGUACAUCCACCCGCUGGACUCGGCGUCGAUGUCAAUGUCGGUGUACAUUCAUCAUCUUCGCACACUUUCGCUCAUUCCUACGUACUUCCCAAUAAUAUCAGACCUGAAGACUUCGAUGGCCAAUCUCAAUCUCGAUCAUCCUCUCAUUCACCUAUCGAUGGUGGGAGCGGGAGUGGAAAUGAAGAAUUAUGGUGUGAUCCCGAUGAUCUACUUGCUAUUCCGAUCUACGAUCCCUUAACUGAAUCCCAAGCCGAUCCUUUAUUCCCUUCGCCACAUAAAUUUAAUCUAAUGGUUCAAGAUUAUUUGAAAAACCUUUCACCUAAGAAGAGAGAAAAAGCAUUACUCACUCAGAAAAUGUAUGAUGCCGUUUUAUCCGUCUUGCAAGAUCCUAAAGAUACUUCUACCAAGACUGCUCAAUUUAGGUUCUGGGCGAAGAAGAUGUUUCAACUUACGACAUUUGGUCCGGAGAAGGUCGUGUGUCACGAUCAUAAGCCCGUUGCGGUAAAAGAACAGAUAUAUGAGGUUUUGUGCCAUUGUCAUGCUCAGGCUGGACAUGGUGGAAGAGAUAAGACGAGUGCUCAGGUCAGAAGAUAUUAUUCUUGGAUCCCUAAAGAGAUAAUCGCUCGAUUUGUAAGGGACUGUCCAUUUUGUCAAUCCAGGCGAACUCAAUCAUCAGCCGGGUUCAGUAAUAUGACUGAAUCUCAAGCUUUCUUGAUAUCCCUCCAAACGUCCGAUACGCAAUUAGCCAACAAACGACCUGUGUCCCUCGCCCAAGCUCGAGCCAACGCAGCUGCACUAGGCCACAAGCCAUAUAGACGACCAUCUAUACGGACCAUCGACUCGUGUAGGUCUAGAAGAGGUUCAGCAGUAUCCGAUGAUGGUUAUAUCCAUUAUACCAAUCCUGACGGUACUUCUUCGAUGGGUAUGGAAAUAUCAUCUUCAACGUCAAAUUAUGAUGACAGUCAAGAUUCGUUAUACGUACCUUCGUCUUCAUACGAAUUUCCGGGUACCAACAACUCCUUUACGGAGGGUGAACAAAGUCAGAGCAACCUGAAUGUUUUCAGUCAAUCUCAUCCACCCUUACCUAGACGAGCAAGUUCAUAUCAUGAACAAUCUCUGUUGUUAGAUGUGAGACCGAUAUCAUCAGAAUCGAUGAUUCGUCGAAAUUCGGAAUCCAAUAUCCUAUCUUCUCACACCCACGGCCAUGUUCACAACCAAAUGAUCUAUUCCAAUCCGUCUUCUGCAAAUCCCGAUCUAGCAGGUGGGAAUCAAUUCUUAUCCGUACCGGGUUCGUCAUUCUAUGGUGGAGGGGGUUUAUGCCGAACGACAUCUUCAUCGAGUCUUAAUUCCCUCAAUGACGACUCACUAUCUGUAUCUGAGAUGAGUUACUUCGACACCACAGCCAAUCAAUUCGAUGAAUAUAAGAUCGAAGAAUGGAGAGAAGGUAGUAAUGCAAUGUAUCAUCAAUCGAUAUCUGGAAAUACAACUCCGUUAGAUGGAUCAUUCAAUUUCCCAAUGACCAACUUGUCAGUUGACUUACCUGGAAUUGGUAUGGAGGUAAACCUUUUGGGCAAUUCUUUAUCCCUAUCGGCACCUCCAAGUACAUACAUGUUACCUGUACCCGAAUUCAACUUUGAUCACAUCACGUCACUCAGUCUGAACCCUGUCGAAUCUGAUUCAUCCCAGGGGCAGGGGCAAGUACAAGUGCAAGAUCAAGCUACUUUAGAUGCGAUGGUAGCUGUUCAAAGGAUGUUUGAUCAAAAUAAUAUUUUCUCCCUUGGUGAAUCAGCAGGGAUGACACAAGAUCAAAUUAUCGAAAUGCACGAUAACAAUGAUCCAUCCUUAUUAUCCCUAAACCUAAAUAUAUCGAAAGAACAGGUCAACUCCUCGAGUGAAGUGAUGAGUCAUAGCCAGAUGAGCGGGAAGACAGAUGAAGAGAUAAACGCGGAAUUAGAAGCGAUUAGUAUAUUAGCUAUGGCCACUCAGGAAUCAGCAGAUAAGGGGUAUCGCGUCAGCGAAGAAAAUUUGAAACAUAUGGAAUACGUUUUAUCCCAAGCGAUAAUCAAUGAAGACGCGAGGAAGAACUCAAUUUCAGGUUCAAUACCUCCUCCGACGGUUAUAAUCGAACAACCUCCUCUCACGACUUCACAAAUCAAUGAUAAAACCGGUGGUAAUGAUAUUUUCUUAUUCAGUACUGGGGAGAAUGGAUUUCCACCUAUAAUGGUGGAAGAACCGAAAUCUGACUUGGACUUACAACAACAACUUGAUUCGCAUACGAUGGAUUUCACUCAAUGGCCUGAAUUCACUUUAUCGUGA